GGGGCGGGCCUGGCUCGGGCAUUCCCUCAAUCUGAUUGGUCCUCCGGCCCGUCACUCCCGGGAGCCCCCUCCCACCCUACGACGCGGUAAAAGCCAGCCCCGCCCCGGCUCGGACGGUUUCCAGGCUGGUCUUGGAGUCGUGGCCGCUGUGCCUGGGACGUCCCGCUGACCGCGUGUCUGCUGCAGAGACCAUGUCUGCCAACGGGGCAGAGGCUGAUGCCAGCACCCAGGUGACAGCAGGAGAACCGGUACAGCAGCCAAGUGUGGUGGACCGCGUGGCCAACAUGCCCCUCAUCAGUUCCACCUGUGACAUGGUGUCCGCGGCCUAUGCGUCCACCAAGGACAGCCACCCGCAUGUCAAGACCGUCUGCGACGCGGCCGAGAAGGGAGUGCGGACCCUCACGGCAGCCGCUGUCAGCGGGGCGCAGCCCAUCCUCUCCAAGCUGGAGCCACAGAUUGCAUCAGCCAGCGAAUUAGCCCACAGGGGGCUGGACAAGUUGGAGGAGAACCUCCCCAUCCUGCAGCAGCCCACUGAGAAGGUCCUGGCAGACACCAAGGAGCUUGUGUCGUCCAAGGUGUCGGGGGCCCGAGAGAUGGUGGCCAGCGCCAAGGACACAGUGAGCACCCGAGUGUCGGAGGCGGUGGGCGCCACCCGUGGUGCUGUGCAGAGCAGCGUGGACAAGACCAAGUCUGUAGUGACCGGCGGGGUCCAGUCGGUCAUGGGCUCCCGCGUGGGUCAGAUGGUGCUGAGUGGGGUCGACACGGUGCUGGGGAAGUCGGAGGAGUGGGUAGACAACCACCUGCCUCUCACGGACGCCGAGCUGGCCCGCCUCGCCACGUCCCUGGAUGGCUUCGACAUCGCGUCCGUGCAGCAGCAGCGGCAGGAACAGAGCUACUUCGUGCGUCUGGGCUCCCUGUCAGAGAGGCUACGGCAGCACGCCUACGAGCACUCGCUGGGCAAGCUUCGGGCCACCAGGCAGAGAGCACAGGAGGCUCUGCUGCAGCUGUCGCAGGCCCUAAGCCUGAUGGAAAAUGUCAAGCAUGGCGUUGAUCAGAAGCUGGUGGAAGGCCAGGAGAAGCUGCACCAGAUGUGGCUCAGCUGGAACCAGAAGCAGCUCCAGGGCCCCGAGAAGGAGCUGACCAAGCCAGAGCAGGUGGAGUCCCGGGCUCUCACCAUGUUCCGGGACAUUGCCCAGCAGCUCCAGGCCACAUGCACCUCCCUGGGGUCCAGCAUCCAGGGCCUCCCCAGCAAUGUGAAGGACCAGGUGCAGCAGGCCCGCCGCCAGAUGGAGGAGCUCCAAGCCACCUUCUCCAGCAUCCACUCCUUCCAGGACCUGUCCAGCAGCAUCCUGGCCCAGAGCCGUGAGCGCGUGGCCAGCGCCCGUGAGGCCCUGGACCACAUGGUGGAAUACGUGGCCCAGAACACACCUGUCACGUGGCUCGUGGGGCCCUUUGCCCCCGGAAUCACUGAGAAAGCCCCAGAGGAGAAGAAAUAGGGAGAGAGGAGAGGACUCAGGCGGCCCCGUUUCCGUGCUACAGCUCUGGAGUCCUCAAUCCGGGGCCCAUUUCAAACCGAUUUUCUAAGCCCUCCUCCCAGCUCUUCUGUGCUGUCAGCUGGGAAGCUAAGGCUCUCAAAACUGGGCCAUCACCCCACUGACCAAUCUCUCACCCUUUCUGAGCUUGGAAGAAGCAUAUUCUGAGCCUCACCCUAUCAGUCAGUAGAAAGAGAUUUCGAGAAAAUUAUUUUUCAGGAAGGUUGCCCCCCAACCAGAAUUUUUUUUUCCUUGUUAAAAAUUGGGGAUAGCCGGGCGCGGUGGCUCAAGCCUGUAAUCCCAGCACUUUGGGAGGCCGAGGCGGGUGGAUCACAAGGUCGAGAGAUCGAGACCAUCCUGGUCAACAUGGUGAAACCCUGUCUCUACUAAAAAUACAAAAAAAAUUAGCUGGGCAUGGUGGCACAUGCCUGUAAUCCCAGCUACUCAGAAGGCUGAGGCAGGAGAAUUGCCUGAACCCAGGAGGCGGAGGUUGCGGUGAGCCGAGAUUGCGCCAUUGCACUCCAGCCUGGGUAACAAGAGUGAAACUCUGUCUCAAAAGAAAAAAAAAAAUUGGUGAUAUAGUCUCUGUCCCACUUUGUCCACACCGAUGACCCUGGAUAUCAGCCUGUAGUGCGUGGACUUGGAUUUCUGGUCUAAGUGGGCCUCCUGGGGAUGGGAUGGACCGCUGAGCUUCUGAGCUUCACUGUAGAGCAGACGGGUGCUGGGACCUGUCUGGCACGCCUUGUUGAAACGCCCUGGCAUUCAGUAUUGCCUUAAUAAACUUCACCUACAACUGCAAA